GGGCAGCGCCUGGACUCGCCUCCGCCGCCGCCGCUCCUGCUGCCGGGGACUCGGCAGCCCCGCAGCGCUCCGGCUCCUCCUCUUGCGACCGCCCUCCGCAGCGAUGGACGGAGACGGUGACCCAGAGAGCGUGGGCCCGCCUGAGGAGGCCAGUCCGGAGGAGCAGCCGCAAGAGGCUUGCGCGGAAGAGGCGAGCGCGGAGGAGGACCAGCCAGAGGAAGAGGAGGCGGCGGCGUACCUCGAGGAGCUGCCGGAGCCGCUGCUGCUGCGUGUGCUGGCCGAGCUGCCGGCUGCGGAGCUCGUGCAGGCCUGCCGCCUGGUGUGCCUGCGCUGGAAGGAGCUGGUGGACGGCGCCCCCCUGUGGUUGCUCAAGUGCCAGCAGGAGGGGCUGGUGGGCGAGGACGGCGCCGAGGAUGAGCGUGACCAUUGGCAGCAGUUCUACUUCUUGAGCAAGCGGCAGCGCAACUUACUGCGCAACCCGUGUGGGGAAGAGGUCUUGGAGGGCUGGUGUGAUAUAGAACACGGUGGGGACGGCUGGAGGGUGGAGGAGCUGCCUGGAGACUGCGGAGUAGAAUUCACCCACGAUGAGAGCGUCAAGAAGUUCUUCGUCUCCUCCUUCGAGUGGUGUCGCAAAGCGCAGGUCAUUGACCUGCUGGCGGAGGGCUACUGGGAGGAGCUGCUGGACACGACUCAGCCAGCCAUUGUGGUGAAGGACUGGUAUUCGGGCCGAAGUGACGCCGGCUGUGUGUAUGAGCUUACGGUGAAGUUGCUGUCAGAGCACGAGGACGUGCUGGCUGAGUUCAGCACCGGGCAGGUAGCAGUGCCCCAGGACGCUGACGGAGGGGGCUGGACAGAGAUCUCCCACACUUUCACCGACUAUGGGCCCGGCGUCCGCUUCGUCCGCUUCGAGCACGGAGGGCAGGACUCCGUCUACUGGAAGGGCUGGUUCGGGGCGCGGAUGACCAAUAGCAGCGUGUGGGUGCAGCCCUGA